AUGACUGUUAUGGCUCCUAUGGAGAUUUGUAUUUUCUUUGAUUUGGUGAACAAGGCGAGAGUUGUUAAAGAAUAUGCAAAGACAGUAGCUUCGCCAAAGGACACUCAUAGAGGAAACUCUAGUAGGGGACGUGGCAAGUACUUUCAGCCGAGGGGCAGAAUUUCAAGAGAGGAGGACAUGUGCCUCAAGGUCAAGGAGGCUUCAGAAAGAACACUCAUAAUCAGUUUCAGUAUGCUAAAGGGAACGGAAAUCAAAAUAAGGGUGAAAGAGGAUAAUAUUCCUAAGACUACAUUUAGGACGCGCUAUGGACACUACGAGUUUGCGGUGAUGUCCUUUGGGUUGACGAAGGCACCUGCUGUGUUCAUGGAUUACAUGAACAGAGUAUUCCGUCCCUUUUUGAACAAAUUCGUGGUGGUUUUCAUAGACGACAUCUUAGUUUAUUCUAAGAUGGUGAAGGAGCAUGAAGAACAUUUGAGGAUUGUGUUGCAAAUCUUAAAGGAUCGGAAAUUGUAUGCUAAGCUGUCCAAGUGUGAGUUUUGGAAAGAGGAAGUGAAGUUCUUAGGUCACGUGGUGAGCAAAGGAGGAAUAACGAUGGAUCCUUCUAAGGUAGAAGCAGUGAUGGAAUGGGAAAGGUCAACGACGGUGAUGGAAGUUAGGAGUUUCUUGGGCCUAGCCAGAUAUUACCAGAGAUUUAUUGAUGGAUUUUCCAGGAGUGCACUACCGAUGACUAAGUCGACAAGGAAGGAGGUGUCAUUCAAAGUGAAGAUAGAGCAUCAGAAACCAUCGGGAAUGCUACAGCCACUUGAGAUUCCUCAAUGGAAGUGGGAAGGAAUUCCAAUGGACUUUGUGACCGGUUUACCAAGGACUAGGUCAGGAUUCGAUGCGGUUUGGGUGAUCGUGGAUCGCUUAACCAAAUCCACUCAUUUUCUGCCUAUCCGAGCAAACUAUUCUAUGGAGGAGUUAGCGAGAUUGUACAUUAAAGAGAUCAUAAGGUUGCACGGUGUACCAUCGAGCAUAGUGUCGGACCGUGAUCUCCGAUUCACAUCAAGGUUUUGGGGAGCUUUCCAAAGGGCUUUCGGUAUGAAGCUAUGUCUCAAUACCGCAUAUCAUCCACAAAUGGAUGGACAGUCGGAAAGGACUAUUUAG